ACCCCAUCCUCUCCUUGAUGAUGCUAAGUCUCAACCAGACAGGAGUGACAGAGUUUGUGCUGGAAGGGUUCUCAGAGCACCCUGGUCUAAGACUGUUCCUCAUAGGCUGCUUCUUGACCCUAUACAUGAUGGCUCUAAUGGGCAACAUUGUGAUCAUUGCUUUGGUCACCUCCAGCACUGGGCUCCACAAUCCCAUGUACUUUUUCCUGUGCAACCUGGCUACCACGGAUAUUGUGUGCACCUCCUCUGUGAUUCCCAAGGCCCUGGUUGGCCUAGUGACUAAGGAAAACACCAUCUCCUUCAAGGGAUGUAUGGCCCAGCUCUUCUUCCUUGCAUGGGCAACAUCCGUUGAGCUGUUGCUGCUCACAGUCAUGGCCUAUGACCGCUAUGUGGCCAUCUGCUUUCCCUUGCACUACAGCUCUAGGAUGAGCCCACAGCUCUGUGGGGCCCUGGCCAUGGGUGUA